AUGGCCUUCAACUUCAACUGGUCCCCGCUGAUAGGCGACACGUCGCGCGCCCGCGACAUGCUCACCGCAGCGCUGAACAAAUCUCCAAAACCUCCCAUCAUUGUCGACGACAUCAUCGUCAAUGAGCUGAACCUGGGCUCGGUGCCGCCCGAGCUCGAAAUCCUCGAAAUUGGCGAUCUGGCUGAGGACCGCUUCCGCGGAAUCUUCAAAAUGUCCUACGCCGGCGAUGCUUACCUAACUCUCAAGACCCGCGUCCAGGCAAACCCGCUAAACACUUCGUUAUCCACAAAGCCUGCCUUCGCAUCGCCUCAGCCUCUGGCCGCUGCCUCGGGUCUCACCAUCCCCAUUCAGAUCACCCUGUCUGAUAUCCGCUUAUCAGGCUUCGUCAUCCUCGUCUUUUCGCGCCAAAAGGGCAUCACCCUCGUCUUCCGCAAUGACCCUCUCGAGUCCCUCAAGGUCUCGUCCACCUUUGACUCGAUCCCCUUCGUUCGCAACUACUUGCAGAAGGAGAUCGAAGCACAGUUGCGUGUCUUGUUCAUGGACGAUCUCCCCGCCAUCAUUCAUCGCCUGUCAUUGCGUGCCUUUGUGCCGGAAUACAGCCAGGCCCAAGACGAUGAGGCAAAGGCGCCCACGGACGCUUCAGAACGACCCAUCGACCCCCUGGCAAGCCCACCGCAGGACCCUACCGAUUCAUGGGCCGAUUCCUUCGACCCCUCGCCCUUCUCUCUCGACUCUUCUUCCGAAACCUAUGCCUCCUUCUCACAAAAGAACUUGCUACGUCUCGCUGCAUUGAGCGAGUCACAACAGACCCUUUCGCUCUUCACCCCCGCCAUACGUGACACUGUCUUCCGUGCCUGGGCCAGCUCCAAAGAAUCCCAGGACUCGUCCACCGCCGCUACGCCGCUCGCUCGCCCGAACCCAUUAUCUCGCAUACACUCGUCCAUCGGGACACCCAAGUCGUGGUCUUCAGCCUCAUCCGAUGUUUCCGACGCACCGACACAUUCUAGCAGACCAUCCCUCGCCAGCCAAUCUACAUCAUCGACCGUUUACUCAAUGGGCACUACCAGAUCAAGAGCCCACGCCGCUAAGAAGAGAAAGAACAGAGUCGUCAACUUGCGUAAGACUGCUCCAGAAGACAACACCAACGAUACCGACAGUGUCGCGACCAAUGACAGCGAGGACCUAUCCGCUCCUAGCAUCACUCUCACCGAACCUCCUCAAUCUCCUCGUCGCCUUCCAAAGCUUGAGGUUGAGGCUACUCAAAAGACACCGUCUUCUCACGUUCGAUUUUCUGCUUCCCAAGAACAGUCAAAACCAUCUUCUGGAGCUCAGACGCCGACGCCGGCAUCUAAACCCCAACGUCCUGCCUUGUCUACUAUACAGACACAGCCUCUAUUCCAAGAGAAGAAGAAGGCCGAUUUCGCAGCCCGCUCCUCUUCUGCUUCACGGCUACGCUUCAACUCCGAGGGCUCUACUGGUGGCAUCUUGGAGCAGGCUUGGAUGAUGAAGAUGGCUGCCGAAGUGACACGUCGCGUGCAAGAAGAAAAGGCCACUGGCGGUGGCUUCUGGCAUCAAUCCGAGGAGCUGGAACAUCCACCUCCUGCUUACGCUGCAUGA